AGUCAUGUUUUUUAAAUGACAUUGUUCAGAGUGGAAACACUUACCCCCUAAUUAAUCACCUUACCUUAAUUUUCCCUUGUUUACGUUUGUGCUUUCCUCAAUAUGAAUUAGAUUUUUUUUUUUACUUUAUUGAACAAUUACAGCAUACAAUCAUCAGAGAAAGAGGAACAUAUGACAUGCCAGAGAGGAAUCCAUAACCACAGAGAAAGGAAAAAACAACCAAAAUAGUCCAUAGGCUGGGGGGGAUUUAUACAGUAAAAUUGUAUCUGUGAAAUAAAUUAAUAGUGUUCAUUGCCUUUUUGUUUUUAGAUGAAGAGAUUAUGUCACUAUAAUUUUUAAGUCUUUCAUGAAGACCGAGAAAGUUGCAUUUAUAUAUAGCUAGAAGAGCUAUAAUUUAGCUAGAAGCACGAUGAGGUUAGUAACAAAAAAGGAGUAAUUGCUCUCUAUUUCAAAAACGGUGUAAUACAGGAUAGCGUUCUCAAAUCUUAAAGAGGUCCAUGAGGAUAUGUUGAGGACAAUGAAAUCUCUCCAGUUGUGCUUCCAUCAUUUUCCCGAAUAAACCACAGCUCUGAACGCAACGUCAUAGGACCCGCUGACGUCAUCACGAGAGUCCCUUUCAUAUGCCUGAGCGCUGUUGUGUCUUGAUAGCUGUCACUUCGAUCAAGUGUACGGUUUAUUUUAAAAGAUGUUCGUGUUGAACCUGCCUGUAUCUGUAGGUCGUGUUUUCUGGGACACACCUCAGAAUAUGGCAUGAAAGAGUUCCUCUCAAGAAGUCUGGGUCUGACGGACAAGUUCAGACAGAAGUAUAGGUGUGGCAGCAGUCCUGAGGAGGACGCCCAUUCUGUGCCAAGUGUCACGGCAGGAACUAAGUCUGGGGACGGCAGCAGCAUCGCACGCUGGGAUUAGCUUUCUUUGGGGACCUGAAGUCGGCACUGCUGGAUCCCGAACCUACACUUUAUGCACAUAUUGCUCAAGAGGUCCAGAGAAAGCAGCGAUUUGCCAUGGAGAAAAUGUAGCAGCUGUAUGAUGAGGUAAACACAUACUGGCGAUAAUCAACCACAGCCCACAAGAGCUUGGCGGUCUGAACGCCUUGGUCCAAAUGUAAGACAACUGUUGCUUUUCCUACUGCAGCGCAUUUCCUUUUCCUGCCCUUCUGGAUCACUUCUCAUACAGCAACCAUGCGUAGAUUCAGCUCUGAGGGAUCCCUCCUAGACCUUGAUUUCCUCCCUUGGAAGAGGGAUGCACUAACAAACCCACAUAAUGAGAAGAACCAGGCGCCUAACACCUACACAUCCAAUGUGGAGGAAGGUAAGGUAAAUGGGAGGUCACCUGUCCUUAUUCCCAUCAUCCAGGAGCAUACACUGAGUGGUGGCGAGGUGGAGAAGAAUGAAAUGAUCAAGGGACACAGCACCAGCGUGAAGAACUUAAGUGAGCAAGAAACUCUGGACAAGAGCCACCUCGGAGUGUGUGUCAUCAGUGAAUGCUGCAGGGCCUAUAGUGACAGCCAGCUGGCCCCAAACACCCAAGGCAGCAGUGAAAACAUGGAGAGGGACAGCCAGCUGACUCCAUCUCCUUCAUCCUCAUCCAGCCCCUUCUCCUUCAAAUCCCAGCACAGGCACCAUAAACCCAAACUGCCGGCUGCUAAACUGCACCUCAAGAGCCUGUUUGGGCAGAGUCCUCAGUCCUCAAACUCUAGCCAGUUCAAUGCAGAAGAGAAGAACAGUGCUAUCGAGAGGAGGUCUCGUCUGCACUUCAUGCAUCAGUGGAGUCAAGUGGGUCACAGUAAGAAGAGGAAGAUCAGUCGGGAAGAGCUGGUAAAAUGGGCCGAAUCCUUGAACGCCCUACUGGCCAGUCAAACUGGUCUUUCAGUGUUUGAAGCAUUCCUACGCUCUGAGUUCAGCGAAGAGAAUCUGCAGUUCUAUCUUGCCUGUGAGCAGUACAGACACUCAUCCAACAACUUCAGCCUACAGAGGAGGGCCAAGGACAUCUGUGCCACCUACAUCCAACCAGGUGCCCCCCGAGAGGUGAACCUGGACGCUAAGACCAGGGACCUGACCAUGCAGCUGCUGCAGGCUCCCUCUCACACCUCUCUGUCCCACGCUCAGAAACGCAUCUACUCACUCCUGGACAUAGACUGUUAUCCCCGCUUCCUCCAGUCCAACAUCUACCUUUCCUUACUCCGAGAGGCUGACUAGAAGUCACAAGGUGAUGACAUGUGAACUUUGAAAGAAGAGCAGUGGCUCACUUUUCCCACAGCUUCUGGGAUUUCUUUAACACUGUAGAUCAUAAAACCAAAGGUGUCUACAAAACGAUAGUUGCUGUAUGAUUAUUGUGUAUAAAAUCACUGAAAAUGGGGAAACAGCUAACUUGGUUCUGUCAAAACUCCAAAAAUACCAGCAUUUCACAAGCUCAGUUAUCUGUCCACAGUUUUUUUGUCAAGAAAACUAAACUAGAAACUCCCACUAAAACCACAAGUCUUUUCUUUUUGUAUUUCUCUUUGUGUAGGCUACAGAAUGAACAAAUGAGAGACAGUAUGCUAAUGACUUACUUUGCACAGUAUUGCCAGUAAGUAUUUUUUUUACUUUGGUGAAGACCAGGAGAUGGUCAUGCUAGCUGUUUCUUCCUACUGCCAGUCUUUAUGCUAAACAAAGCUAACCAUACGUUGUCUCCGGAAUCAAGACGUGUCAAUCUUUUAGUUCCACUCUUUGAAGGGGGAAAAAGCUAAUUUUCCAAAAGAAACUAUUCCUUGAUUUUUACUUCUUGUUGGCUUUAAGAUGCAGUGGUUGGCCCUGAGAAAAACACACAAGUGUUUCCCCCUCACUUUAGGUACGUGAGCCAUUAAACUAUGCAGCUCACAUUUUAAUCAUUGAACAGCCCGAGUUUCCUAUGCUGACAGGAAGGAAAAACAAGUUCAGCCUGUAUGAGCGCUUUGCAAUAAAGGUCAAAGUACUGAGCUACUUAUAUGGCAAAGGUGGGAAACCUGUGCAAACUGUUCUGACAUGUAGAAUGACUCUGCAACUACAGGGAAGUUAAGUUCCGUCUGCCCCCAAAUCCUCCGCUCUUAACUGAACAAACUGUGUCCACAUACAGUCAACUCAGAAAAUAAAUAGAAGUAGGUUAUUUGUAAUGACUAUUUUGAAUAGCAUUUCCUAGAUUGUUGGUUCUGGAAAAACUUAGACAUGCAGUGAGGAAGAACAAUUUAAACAAAAUUUAGAACAUAUGCUUUAAAGAGGAAAAAAAAGAGGUUGAGUACUCUUUGAACUGAAUUUAUGUCAGAAAGAAUGUAUCCUAUACAAUCCUCAGUACAAUAGGGAUCUUAAAAAACUCAUUUGGGGUGUAGCAGCUGAAUUUUCUUUUCCUCCUCAAUCAUCUGUUUUCUGCCACUUAUCCAACAGUUGCAGCAGGCCAAGAAAAGUAACCCAAAGCAUAUAAAGUCAGGUUUGCUUUGCAAUUGAAAACUCCAAAAAAGCUAGUAAGUGGACUUCAGUCGCAAAAAUUCAGGUAUCAUAUUGCAUUAGUAUAACGUUGUACCAUUGGCCAUGUAUAACAUGUACAUGUUUGGCCAUUCACACACCGGUGUCAUCAACAGGAGCAACUGGGGUUCAGUGUGUUGCUCAGGGACAUUUCGAGAUGUGGACUGGAUAAGCUGGGAAUCGAACCACUAAUCUUCUGUUUAGAGACAACCCGCUCUACCUCCGGAGCCACAGCUGCCCCCUUGGUAGUUUACUAUUAACACAGAUUCACUAAAACUUGACAGGAUACACUGCACAGUACUCCUGCUGUGGCCCUAAUGAUGUAAAAUGUGGAUUUUUUGAGCUGCUAGAAAGAGUGACCUGAGCUAACAAAUGUUCCUUUUACCAUGUUUGUAAAUGUUUUUGAUUCUGCUUUUUGAAGGUGGUUUCUCUAAUGUGAACCUUAUUUUCUCCAUGAAAACCACCAAAGUAUAGAGGUUAAACUCAUGCCAAUUAUGAAAGAUAGUGUUGGUCUUGCUUUUGCGGGGUCCCUGAUGGACUAGUGGCUAGGAUUCAGUGCUCUCGCUGCUGUGGCCCAGGUUUGAGUCAGGGUUGUGUAAGGAAGGGCAUCCGGUGUAAAACGCAUGCCAAACUUCAACAUGCGAAUUGUCUCGCUGUGGGAACCCCUCACGGGAAAAAGCUGAAAGUGACUGACAGACAGAGUCUUAAUUUUGUUUUUGUUUCCUUCAUGAAAUUUUCUUCCCCUGGUUUCCAUCCCACUCAACAGCCUGAUGGCCACCGCUUUGUACAGCUCAUUCCAGUAAUUUUGCUGUAACCCACCACUUCAUCAGCUGUUAUGACCUCAUCUCAGACAAGUCCUCUUGGGUAAACAGUCUUCAUCCUUUGCAUCAUCCUGCAUGCUAAUGUUGCUGUAUGCUAUUUUAUCACAUUACACUGUAUAAAUACAAUUCAUAGCUAAUGUGGACUUUGGCGUGUUUCCUCCUU